UUCUGCAAAAGGUUUGUUUGACGCUGUAAGCAAAAGUGUUUUAACACUGUCAAGCCAAAAUUGCAAGUGUAAGCGCGGUAUUGUUUUGGUGCCGCACGUGCGUUUUGUAUCAUUAGUUGAUUUUCGCAUUUUUAAAUUAUUAACAAUAUAGUUUGAGAUUAAUAAAUGAAGAUAAAAUAAUUCAUUAAAAUGACUGUUAAAGAAAAAAGUUUUCCUCGGGGUGGUUUAGCACCUAAAGAGAACCAAGCAGAAAAGCCAAAACAAGACAUUGUUUUUGGAGCAGUUCAGAAGAAAGUAAAAAAAACUAAGCCGAAAAAGGAUAUUAUUAAUGAGGAUGAUGAGAAAAAUGUUAUCGAAACAAUCUCAGCAGAAUUGCUUAACUAUGAGACCAUACAGGAGAGCAUGCUUAUAUUGGGAGUAAUUAAAUCUAUUAAUAAUUUAAAUCUCAGAAUAUCUUUACCGGGACGCAUAUCGGCACAAGUACAUGCAUUACAAAUUUCGGAUGCAUAUACGAAGGUUGCUAGAGAGUUUGUGGAGAAAACAGAUAGUGCCAAUAAUUACAAACCUCUGAACGAAUUAUAUACGGUCGGUCAACUUGUUUAUGGACGUGUGCAGGAACUGAAGCAAAUCACACGCAAAAAUGUUGAAGUUAAUAUUUCGUUAAAACCUUCAGUAGUUCAUGCCGAUUUACUGCACAAUAACAUUAAAAAGGGUUUCAUUUUUAAUGGCGCAAUUGAAGAAAUUCAAGAACAUGGCUUUAUAAUAGAAACUGGAAUAAAAGGAUUGCGAUGUUUUUUACCAAAGGAAAAGGCAAAAACAGCUCCAUCAGUCGGAGAAUUGAUCUUUCUUAAAGUCGAAAAAAUUACAUCAGAUAAAGCAGCUAGUACAUGUAUAUGUAAGCAGUUAGAUACAGCUUCACUAAACAUCAAAAAUCAGUUGGAAGCGAAUCUAGAUUAUUUAUUACCAGGCAGUAUUGUACAGUUUAACGUAACUAAAAAACUAAAAGAUGGCUUGCAAGGUACUAUAAUGAAUGAAGCGUUCACUGCUUAUAUAAAUGAACAUCAGCUACAAGAGCCUUUGGCACUACCAGAAGAUUAUGAAUUGAAAACUAAACUGAAGGCGCGUAUACUCUAUGUCAUGCCACUAACUAAACUUGUGUAUUUAACAUUAAAUUUGGAAAGAACGCAAGAUAUAGAAGAAGAAGAUAAUGGAAAGGAAGCAGCUUUGCGAACGGAAUUUAAACGCGGCGAUAUUAUAGAAAAUGCAAGAGUACAUCAUGUAGGAACUGGUGGUGUGAUAUUGAUUUUAAAUAAUAAAUUUAAGGGCAUUAUAUCGUACAAAAGCAUCAAAGCGAAUUAUAAAGGAAAUUAUGAUCAAGAUGAAAUGCUUGCAAAGUAUGCCAAAAAAACAAAGCUAACAGUUCGUGUACUUGACUACGAUUUAAUGGAUUCAAUGUAUAUAUGUACAGAUGAUUCUAAAGUUAUCACCGAAAAGGUGUUUACUUUAGAUGAUGUGAAACCUGGUGAUUUCGUAACAGCUGUAAUAAAAGGAAUUAAUGAGAAAGUAGAAGGAUAUAACGUGCAAAUAGGUAGAAUGAAAGGAAUUAUAGAAAAAUUAUUUUUGGCUCCUACUUCCAAGCACUUGGAAAUUGACUCAAAGGUACGUUGCCGAAUUGUAGCCAUCAAUACACAAUACAAAAAUUUAUACCUUACUAAUCGGCCAGAAUAUAUGGUAAAAAAUUGCAAAAUAUUAACUUCACUGGCAGAUGCUGAAAAAAAUAAAGUCUAUAGUGGCACUGUAGUUUCACACAAUAAAAAUAACAUACUUGUAAAAUUUUUUAAUAACAUUAAAGGAGUGCUUCAUCGUCAGCAAUUAAACACAGAGCUAUCAAAUGAGAUGGAUAAUUUUUAUGUUGGCCAAACAAUGCAAUUUCGCAUAGCUGCUAGGAAGGAUGAACAAAUCUCACUUGGUUUAGUAGAUUCUGUUUUUAAAAUGGGCGAAAUAUGUCCUGCUACAGUUGUUAACAAUCUUGAUUCUGGGUUAGAGAUAAAAAUAGAAUAUGACGAAGAAGCAAACGAAACUAGCUACUUGAAGGGACUUGUGCCCAUACGUCUGUUAUCAGAUUUUAACGAUUUACUUCUGGCUCAAAUGAACAUACAUCCACCAAAUAGUGAUUUGCAAAUUUGUUGUGUAAAUAAAAAUAUAUUCAGUUUGCGUGAUGUGGAAUACUUUCUACAAAAUUGUACGAAGACUUGGGGUACAGUUAAAAUUGGCGACAUCUUAAAAGCUACAAUAAAAAAUGUUGCAGAAAACGUAAUUGAAAUAAUGUUGCCCAUAAAAAACUUUAACAAGUUGGUUAAAUUACAUAAAGAUAUGUUACUAAUAAAUGUUUAUAACAAUCCGAAUAUAAUACUAACAGAGGAACAACCACUUUAUGUAAAAGUGUUAAGCAAAGAGGAGAGUACAAAAACAAUUACAGUAUCUGGAAAAUUGACAGAUGUUUGGGACGGUCUAUUGAAUUCAACGUCUGAAUAUAUAGAGAAAUAUUUAGAUGAACGUGAAUCUAUCCGAAAUGCCUACAAAAAUUUAAAACAUCCAAUAGCUAAAUAUGUGUUAGGUGACAGAGUUUCUGCUAGCUUUGUUGGUGUAUAUAAAGAAACUAACGAGUGGCAAUACGAAUUGGUUGACACAAAAUUGAAGGCAAUAGUACCAGCAUCAAUGGUAGUCAAUAAAAAAGUUCCGGAAAAGGGUUAUAAACAAGAAUGUAUUGUACUUUGGAUCGACUACAGUAGUGAACAUGUGUGGAUAAGUAAUAAGCAAGCAGAUUUAAAACACAUAUCUCGCAAUUCUGAAUUGCCAACAAAUCUUGUGGGACAAUCUGAUAUAAAUGCUAAAGUCUUACUGAAACAGGAAAGUGUAUUUAUUUGUUCCUUAAAAAAGGGAAACCAACCUCUAAUAGUCUGUCCUAGUCAUUUGCAUUACAAUGAUUUUGAAAAUUGCGGUAGCAUUAACGUUCAAGAGCAAAGUUUCUGCAAAUUAAAUUUUAUUCGAAAUACAAAACCGAUUGCCGUUCUUGAAUCUACAUAUAAGUUAUUCUCAACUAAACCAAAUAAAAAAAGAAUUAAUUCUGAAAGCAAUGAAGCCCCAAGCAAAAAAAAAAUUAAGAAGCACAGUGAGAGUGAAGAAGUAGUGACUGAGCGGAUAUCUAAGGAAACAAAAAAGAAAAAAUUAAUUGAAAAAUCUGAAAUACCUGCAAAGAAAUCUAAAAGUGAAAAGAAAUCAGUUACAUUAAAUACUAAUAAUGAAUCUAAUGAGAAGAAUUUUACUGAUCCUGGUAGUAUUAUAAGAUUUGUGAACGAUGCUAAAUGGGAUGCGGGAAUAGUUAAUAACAUUUCAAUAAUCAAUGAAAAUAAGGAAUUAAAGAAGAAAACUGAGAAAAAAACAUCAUGUGAGAAAGAACCUUCAAAAUUAGAAAUAAAGAAGGAAACUAAAACUAUCUUAAAAAAGCAAGAUAAUGCAUCAGAAACUUCGAUUGAAGAUAAUGCACUAUUUUUCAUAGACAAAUCGCCUGACGAUAGAUAUGUAAGAAAACUUGAACAAAAUAGUAAACCUAAAGAAAAAUUAUCCUUACCUGGUAUAGAUAAUUUUUGGAAUAUGGAUUUAUCUAAUAUUAAUAAUAGUGACAAAACUGUAUCAAGUGAUGAGGAUGAUGAGGCAACAUCAGAAAUACCACAAAAGAAAAAGAAACUAACAGCUACAGAGAAAUUCAAACAAGAACGGGAGGAAGAAGCACGAUUGCGAAUAAUUGAAGAAAAGUAUGCUAAUCCAGAUCAAAUACCAGAAACAGUAGAUCAGUUUGAUCGUUUAGUGAUGUCUGACCCUAACAAUACAAAACAUUGGAUUAGCUAUAUGGUUUUCCAUUUACAGGAAACAGAAAUAGAUAAAGCACGUGCUGUAGCACAACGUGCUAUUAAAACAAUUCCUUUUCGCAAUUUAAAUGAACGUUUAAAUAUAUGGAUGGCUUUACUUAAUUUAGAAUUGCAUUACGGUACUAAAGAAACUUAUGAUAAUACAAUGAAAGAGGCACUAACGUGUAAUGAUCCGAUGCAAAUUCAUUUACGCUCUUUAGAAAUAUUAAAAGAUUCUAAUAACAGACAGGAGCUAUUUGAAAUAAUUUCAAUUAUAACCAAGAAGUAUAAAACGGAACCUGAAGCUUGGAAAGCUGUAGCUACCGCAUAUUUUAGCAUAGAUAUGCCAGAACGAGCACAACAAAUGUUGCAAAAAUCUCUACUGAGUUUGCCUGAGAGAGAACAUGUUAAUACAAUUGUUAUGUUUGCAAAUCUAAAUCAUAAAUAUAAUAAAAAUGAAAUUGCACAAACUCUGCUGGAGCAAGUAGUAACAUCAUAUCCAAAGCGCGUUGAUGUUUGGACACAAUAUGUUGAUAUGCUCGUUAAAGAUAAUCUUAUAGAUUCAGCGAGAAGCAUACUUGAACGUGCAGUUAUGCAGAAGAUUCCAUUAAAAAAAAUGCGUACAUUAUUCAAGAAAUAUCUAACAUUUGAAGAACAGUAUGGUACUGAAGAGAAUCAAAAGAGAGUUAAAAAUCUUGCUGCGGAAUAUGUUAAAAAUAGUACCACACUAUAAAAUAUGUUAUUGAAUAUUAAUAAUUCCUAUUUUAUU